GUGGGAAUGGCAGCAAGCAUUCUCCCCUCGAGGUCGACAUAUCAUCAAGUCGUCAACGCAACAUGAGGAGUUUUUUUUUAAGCACUGCGCUUGAGCCGAGCCAGGGGCAGGGAUCCCGACGCUUUUCCCGAUUCGGAAGCCAAGCCUCAAUUCCUGCAGGUGGCGCUCGGCUCAUUCGCUAGCGUCUUCGAUCCACCCCCAGGGACCAGUUUGAGAUUCGGGCGUCUCCAUCGUUGACCCGCUGAAUGGGUCAUCGAGGCGUCGAGACUUUUCACUGCAGGCGAUUAGGCGAUUUGUAAUGCGUAAUGUCCCCGCCGAACACCUUGCCGGGCUCAAUGGCGUAACCGAACCCACAACCCAAACGCCAAACAUGACCACACUUAUAAGAUGGCUAGAUCCUCCUCUUUCCGAGGUCGCGAUGGUCGUCAACCUGGGCCUCUGCAUGAAGCUGUCGUCAACAGAUCACUACGUGCCUUGUAAUGGCAACAAUGGCAAGAGCUCCCUUGGCCCACGAUGGUGCUGCUCUGGAGGAGCAGAUUGACCUCGAAAAGCUGGGCCGACAGCGGCCUGCGGUAUUUUCGUCGACCUUGUCGGAGAUUCUGUUCUGCUUCUCGCUGCUGACGACGUCGAUGAUGGCGGAGUACUUCAUCAGCGGCUUCAACAUCGUCCUGCCCGCCAUCUCUGACUCUCUCUCCAUCCCACCCGACUCACGCACCUGGCCGACGAGCGUCUUCGCCCUCGUGACGGGCGCCUUCCUGCUCCCCUUCGGCCGCCUCGCCGACAUGUACGGCGGCCACGCCGUCUACGUCGGGGGCCUCGCCUGGCUGCUGGUGUGGUGCCUCGUCGGCGGCUUCAGCACCAACCCGGCCAUGAUGAUCGUCACGCGCGCCGUCGCCGGCCUCGGCCCGGCCGCCUUCCUGCCCGCCAGCAUCAUGCUCCUCGGCAAGACGUACCGCCCGGGCCCGCGCAAGAACCUCGUCUUCAGCCUGUACGGCGCCUGCGCCCCGCUGGGCUUCUUCUUCGGCAUCAUCAUGGGCGGCGUCACGGCCCAGUGCCUGACCUGGCGGUGGUACUUCUUCCUGGGCGCCAUCGUGCUGGCCGUCGUCGUCGCCACCUCCGUCUUCUUCGUCCCCAGCGACUGGAACGAGGAUCGGCCGGCAGGCGUCAAGAUGGACUACCUCGGCGUCGCGACCACCGUCCCGGGCCUCGUCCUGCUCGUCUUCGCCAUCACCGACGGCGCCCACGCCCCCGACGGGUGGAAGACGCCGUACAUCAUCGUGACCUUCAUCCUCGGCGCCAUCUUCAUCGGCGCGGCCGUCUACGUCGAGGGCUGGGUCUCAUCCCAGCCGUUGCUCCCCUUUGACAUGUUCAAGCCCAAGUACAUGAUCCGGAUGGUGAUCGCCCUGUUCUUCUGCUACGGCGCCUUUGGCAUCUUCUUGCUGUACGCGAGCUUCUACAUCCAGGAGAUCAUCGGAAAAGCCCCACUCCUCACAGCCGUCUGGUUCGCCCCGAUGGCAGCCGGGGGUAUCGUGCUAGCCACGGUGGGCGGCUUCACGAUGCACUUCCUCCCGGGGCGAGUCCUCCUCGUGAUCGCGGGGCUAGGGGGCAUCGCGCAGAUGCUCCUCUUCGCCGUGAUGCCCGACUACGCCGGGCCCCGAACCUUCUGGGCCUUCGUGUUCCCGGCCAUGAUCGGUGCGACCCUCUGCAUCGACGUCGUGUACAACGUGUCCAACGUGUACAUCACCACCAACGUGCCGCGCCACCGCCAGGGCGUCGCCGGCGCCGUCAUCUUCAGCCUGCUGUUCCUCGGCACGAGCUUCUUCCUCGGCCUCGCCGACGUCGCCGUCGCCGAGUCCGCGGCCAGGGGCAAGGGCCUCAAGGAGAGCUAUAAGGUUGCCUUCUGGUUCGGCACCGCCGUCGCCGCCGUGGUGCUGGUCCUGUUCUUCUUCAUCAGGAUCGGCUCGGCUAAGAGCGAGCUGUUGUUCGAGGAGAGGGAGAGGGUCCAGAGCGAGGAGGAGAGUCGAUGAUGCGCGCGCGGACACAGACACAGAGAAGGACUUGAUGAUUUGACGAGAUAUGAUCUUAGUAGUUUUGCAUCUUGUUGGGGCAAGGCGGAAGGCUAAUUUAAUGGGUUUUGCAUAUUUGAUAGACCGACUAUAUACACCAUCUAGGUUGUUAAAUAGAAGUCAGACAUACCACUCCAAAAUAGAGGAUGGGAAGGCUAGGGAUAGAGGCAUCGCGCGGUGGAGAGGCCUGGAUAAACAAGGAUAUAAUACAUAUGGGUAAUACAUCAGUCGGAUCUAUGUAUCCUUGCAAAACUUCUCCGCACCAGCACCCAUCAAUACGGUGCCGGGAACUUCAAGGAUUUAGUGCCCAUACGUGCUCAUACACGCUCCUUCUUGAGGGCCUGCCAUAUCUUCCACGGCAGCU